AUGUCAGUUCUCUCCGCCGACAUUCACUCUGAGCUGGCGCAGCUGCUCCAGGGCCUUCAGUCCGCCGACAACUCUAUCCGCACGAGGGCGGAAGAGCUCCUUCAUGGCAGCUGGACUUCUACGCGCCCAGAGAUCCUUCUUAUGGGUCUUGCUGAACAAAUUCAAGGCGCCGGGGACGAACAGACACGAUCUUUCGCCGCUUUGCUUUUUCGAAGAAUCUCCUCCAGAACCCGAAAACUUGAUAAUGGCCAAAAUGUUGACAUGUUUCUUGGAAUGGCGAAAGACCAGGCGGCCGUUAUCAGACAAAAACUUCUAGAAACUCUCGGCACCGAGACGGACAGAGCUGUGCGCAACAAAAUUGGCGAUGCGGUUGCUGAAAUCGCGCGUCAAUACAAUGAAAAUGGGGAGCGAUGGACAGAGGUGCUUCAGGCUCUCUUUCAGCUCACGCAGGCACCCGAGGCCGAAAAACGCGAGACGGCUUACCGGGUGUUCACAACAACUCCCAAUGUUAUUGGGAAAGAACAGGCAGACGCCGUCCUCCUCUCCUUUCAGAAGGGAUUCAAAGAUGAUGCUGUUAAUGUCCGCCUUUCCGCCAUGGGUGCCUUUGCUGCUUUCUUCAGAACAAUCGACAAAAAGGAUCGAACAAAGUUCUUUGCCUUGGCGCCGGAUGUUCUUAACAUCCUCCCGCCCAUUAAAGACUCCCAAGACUCAGACCACCUCAGUAAAGCGCUCAUCGCGCUCAUCGAAUUGGCUGAGCUCGCCCCCAAAAUGUUCAAGCAGCUCUUCCAGAACCUCGUUCAGUUUUGUGUAUCUGUUAUUCAAGAUAAAGAACUCGAGGACCUCUGCCGCCAAAAUGCUCUUGAGCUCAUGGCUACUUUUGCCGAAUACGCCCCUUCCAUGUGUCGAAAGGACCCCUCUUUCACGUCCGAUAUGAUUACCCAGUGUCUGAGUCUGAUGACCGAAAUCGGGGAAGACGAUGACGACGCUGCCGAGUGGCUCGCCUCCGACGAUCUAGACCAGGAUGAAAGCGAUCAAAACCACAUUGCCGGAGAGCAAGCAAUGGAUCGACUUGCAAAUAAACUCGGCGGCCAGGCUAUUCUCGCCCCCACUUUCAACUGGCUGCCCCGCAUGAUGCAGUCUGGCUGGAAAGACCGGCAUGCUGCUUUGAUGGCGAUUUCUGCCAUUUCUGAAGGCUGUCGUGACCUUAUGGUUGGAGAACUGAGCCAAGUUUUGGAUCUUGUCAUUCCUGCGCUACAGCACCCACAUCCUCGCGUUCGAUGGGCCGGCUGCAAUGCUCUCGGCCAGAUGAGCACGGACUUUGCUCCUACAAUGCAAAGUGACUACUAUGAGCAAGUCUUGAAGGCCAUAAUCCCGGUGCUAGACUCUCCUGAGCCCAGAGUCAAAUCCCACGGUGCCGCUGCCUUGGUCAACUUCUGCGAAGAGGCCGAGAAAUCUACCUUGGAGCCAUAUCUGGAUGAUCUUCUAUCUCAUCUCUUCAACCUCCUUCAGAGCGAUAUGAGAUAUGUACAAGAACAGGCUCUUUCCACUAUCGCCACGAUUGCCGAUGCCGCCGAGGCUGCAUUUUCAAAGUACUAUGACACUUUGAUGCCGCUCUUGGUGAACGUAUUGCAGAAUCAAAGCGAGAAGGAAUACCGACUUCUCCGCGCCAAGGCCAUGGAGUGUGCCACCUUGAUUGCGAUUGCCGUUGGAAAGGAGCGCCUCGGCCAGGAUGCCAUGACUCUGGUCAAUCUGCUGGCGAAUAUCCAAGCCAACAUUACUGAUGCGGAUGACCCUCAGGCGCAGUACCUCAUGCACUGCUGGGGCCGCAUGUGCCGUGUCCUUGGUUCUGACUUUGUGCCCUUCAUGAGUAGUGUCAUGCCCCCUCUUCUUGAGCAAGCGAUGACUAAGGCUGAUAUUCAGCUACUGAAUGACAAUGAAGAGGCCGCCGCUUUGCAAAGCGAGGACGGCUGGGAGUUCGUUCCUGUGAAAGGAAAAAUGAUUGGCAUCAGAACCAGCACCAUGGAAGACAAGCACAUUGCCAUUGAACUACUUGUCGUAUACGCACAGACACUUGAGGGGGCUUUCGCCCCGUACGUCGCCAGCAUCAUGGAGAAGAUUGCGCUACCUGGUUUAGCAUUCUUCUUCCAUGAUCCCGUCAGGUACAUGUCAGCAAAACUGGUGCCCCAGCUACUGAGCUGUUAUAAGAAGGCGUACGGAAGCCCCUCUAACGAGCUGACCGGUUUGUGGAACGCAAGUGUAGAGAAGCUCAUCGAAGUUCUCGCCGCGGAGCCUGCUAUUGAUACACUGGCCGAGAUGUAUCAGUGCUUCUAUGAGUCUGUCGAGGUAGUGGGCAAGGAUUGCCUCAACGCCGACCACAUGGCCAAGUUCAUGGACGCUGUUCAUUCAACGAUUGUUGACUACCAAACUCGUGUUGUCCAGCGAGCGGAGGAGAGGGAGGGUGCCACAGCAGACGAUGUGGAAGAUGAAGAAGACGAGACCCUGAUUGCCAUCGAAGAUGACCAAACGCUCUUGUCUGACAUGAACAAGGCAUUUCACUCCGUCUUCAAAAACCAUGGUGCUACGUUCCUUCCUUUAUGGGAAAAACUUCUACCCACAUACGAACUUUUCCUGAGAUCUGACGACCCUACGCAGCGUCAGUGGGGGCUGUGCAUCAUGGACGACGUGCUCGAGUAUUGCGGCUCCGAUAGCAUAAGAUAUGCCAACUAUAUUUCACAAGCCCUCAUAGACGGAUGCCGCAACCCCUCAUCCGCAGUUAGGCAAGCAGCAGUCUACGGCGUUGGUGUCGCUGCUCACCGUGGCGGUGCUGCCUGGUCUCAAUUUCUAGGCAGUGCUCUUCCAAUCCUCUUCCAGGCUACGCAGAUUCCCGACGCACGAAAUGAUGACAAUGUCUAUGCCACAGAAAAUGCUUGUGCUUCGAUUGCCAAGAUUCUGCACUACAAUGCCAGCAGUGUUGGUGACCUGCAGGCUGUUAUCACACAGUGGAUUGAUACACUUCCAAUUACCAACGACGAGGAGGCUGCACCGUAUGCCUAUGCUUACCUCGCAGAGCUUAUUGACCAGGGCAACCCGAUCAUCAUGGGCCAAGCAUCCAAGCUGUUUGUCUUCAUCGCACAGGCUCUCGAGGCUGAAACGUUACGUGGUCAAACUGCCAACAGAGUCGCCACAGCGACCAAGACAAUGCUCACAACUGCCAACGUCGACCCCAUGCCACUGUUGCAGCAAUUUUCCCAAGAUGCCCAACGCACGAUAAUGGGCUUCUUCAGUUAUACGACCUAA